AUGGACAGAAUUUUUUUUCUUAAUUUUGUGCUUUCAUUUGAACUUACAUUCUUUAUAAAACAUUUCAUAUUCUCUAUAUAUUAAACACAUGUAAUUUAGUAAUUCAAUAUCACAAAUUGGAUAUUAAUACACUGUAAGAUGAAUGAGAUACCAAGAAGACCUAGAAUAAAAAACAAAAGAAUACUAUCAGAACGUAUAGAGAAGUUCAUUUCACCACUAUACUUUGCAGAUGUCAAUCUUUAUAGCAAGUUAUAUUCACACAAGCAAAGCGUUAAAUCCAUACUACAUUACCAUGCUCCUGGUAGAAUUUCAUUUGAAGAAGUUCAAAAAUCAUUGGACCAAUUCACAGAAACAUCUCUAGGCCAAAGUUUUGGACCAACUUGGUCUACGCAUUGGUUUAAAAUUGAUGUUGAUUUGAGUGUAGAAUCUGAGUGGAAGGGUAAAGAAGUGCACUUGCGAUGGAACUCUAACUCAGAGGCUAUGAUAUGGAUAGAUAAUGACCCAAAACAGGGCUUAACUGGAGGUGAUGGACAAACAAGAACAGAUUAUAUACUAACAAAAUUAUGCACUGGAACAGAAAGAUUUACUGUUUACAUCGAGAUGGCAGCAAAUGGAAUGUUUGGUGCUGGCAAAGAUGGAAUGAUAAAUACACCUGAUCCUAACAGAUCGUUUUGUUUAGGCAUGGUUGAGAUCGCAGCUAUCGAUCGUAAUAUUUAUUCAAUAAUAAAUGACUUAAAGAUAAUCAUUGAUAUGGCCCAGAAUCUAGAUGAAGAUUCGGAUGUUGGAUGGCAUGCAUUGCAAAUUGGUUGUGAUGUAGUAAAUUGUUUUCAACCAAUAAAGGAGGAUUCUAUAUUAAGAGCGAAAGAAUUAUUGGACAAAUUUUUUAAAGACAAUGGUAGUAACCCUGCUGGACCAAAUGCCUGUAAUGUACAUGCAAUUGGUCACUGUCAUAUAGAUACAGCUUGGUUAUGGCCAUAUGCUGAAACAGAAAGAAAAUGUGCACGAAGUUGGUCAUCAGUGAUUGGUUUAAUGGAUAGAUAUCCAGAAUUUAAGUUUGCUUGUUCUCAGGCAGUUCAAUUUCAAUGGGUAAAAACGAAAUAUCCGUCUUUGUACCAGAAAAUAAAGAAAUGUGCAUUAAAGAAUCAGUUUUUACCAACUGGUGGUACCUGGGUUGAAAUGGAUGGAAACAUACCAAGUGGUGAAAGUUUUAUGAGACAAUUUUUGUAUGGACAGCAUUUUUUUAAAAAAGAAUUUGGUCACAUUUGUGAUGUUUUUUGGCUUCCAGAUACAUUCGGAUAUUCAUCACAACUUCCUCAAAUUAUUCGACAAUCUGGAAUCAAAUAUUUUCUAACGCAGAAAAUCAGUUGGAGUCUUGUGAAUAAAUUCCCACACAAUUCAUUUCAAUGGCAAGGUAUCGAUGGAACAAAAUGUUUAACUCACUUCCCUCCUGCUGACACGUAUGAAUCGUCUGUAACUUUCAAAGAUGUACUAAAAACACGUGAUCAAAACAAGGACAAAGGUGUGGUUUCAGAUGGCAUGCUGUUGUUUGGUUACGGAGAUGGCGGUGGUGGUCCAACUGAAGAUAUGAUUGAGAACGUUAACAGAAUGGGUAAUAUAUCUGGUUUACCUCGCAUUGAACACUCUGAUCCAACAAAGUUUUUUAACACACUGGAACACAGCGCUCAUUUACUUCACACAUGGGUUGGAGAAUUAUACUUGGAGUUACAUCAAGGUACAUUUACAUCGCAAGCAUUGAUAAAGAAAAGAAAUCGUCAAUGCGAAUUCCUUCUACGCAAUACAGAACUUUACAACACAUGGGCUCUACUGAAAUCUCCAGGUGCAAAACUUGCAUCAACAAGUUGUGUUAGUGAUGAGUGGAAAAAAGUUCUUUUGAAUCAAUUCCACGAUGUCUUACCAGGAACCUCCAUCAAACAGGUUUAUGAUGAUGCAAAAGACAUAUAUAAAGAAGUCAUUAAAAAUUGUACAUCCAUUUUGAUUGAUUGCUACAAAGUUUUAUUUAAUCUAAAUGAUGAAACAGUAAAGGACAAAACAGUACUACUCAAUUCAAACUCAUGGAAGCGACAUGAAGUAGUGGUGGUAGAUAACAAGUACAAAUUUUCAAGUUCUAUUAAAAAACAACCACUCCACGAUGCAACAUCGUCCGCUAUUUUGGUUAAUGUUCCGAGCAUGGGAUUCUGCUCUCUCGACGAGAAUGUAGAGAGGUCGGAUCAUGUUGCUAUAAACCAGGAUUCCACUUUACAAACAAUCACGCUGGAAAACGAUCAGUUAUUAGCAGUGUUCAAUCAGUGCGGUCAGGUGACGUCAUGCUUGCUGAAGAAGAAUAAAAGGGAGUGUAUCUCGGCUGGUUGCUAUGGAAACACUUUUACAAUGUUCACUGAUAUCCCCCUGUUUUGGGACGCGUGGGAUGUCAUGCCUUACAAUGAAGAAACCAGGGAAAUCAUUCAGAAGUGUACGAGCAUGAGGAUAUUAGACCAAGGUCCUCUUCGUGUCAGUUUUGAGGUCUCAUUAAAGCUCAGUGAGAAAAGUACUUUAACACAAAUUAUAAGUCUUGACGCAUGCGCAGACUUCAUACGUUUUGAUACACAGGUUGAUUGGUAUGAAAAUCGUCGUCUAUUGAAAGUUGAGUUUCCGUUCAACGUUCAUACUGAGUACGCGACAUAUGAAGUACAAUGUGGACACUUACGUAGACCGACGCACGGCAACACGUCAUGGGAUUGGGCUAAACAAGAGGUAUGUGGCCACAAGUGGGUCGAUGUUUCAGAGUAUGACUUUGGUGUUGCUGUACUCAACGAUUGCAAAUAUGGGUUUUCAACUUAUGGAAGUACACUUCAAAUGUCGUUGCUAAGAUCACCAAAAGCACCAGAUGAUAAAGCAGACAUGGGCAAACACUCCUUUUCUUAUGCAGUUCUUCCGCAUGCUGGUUCAUUUCAAGCAGCUAAUGUUAUUCGGAAAGCGUAUGAUUUCAACAAUCCUAUUAUUCCCGUCUCGACUUGUAGUAGUGUUCCAUCCGCAUCCUUUCUUAAAAUCGACAACCCUGCCGUUAUAAUCGAAGCUGUAAAAAUGGCUGAAAAAAAUAAGGACCAUGUAAUUAUUCGAUUAUAUGAGUCGUUUGGGAGUCAAAGUAAGGCUACAUUGACGUCGCAUUUCCUAUUUAAACAAUUCUUCAGAGUGAAUAUUUUGGAAGAUAAAGCCGAUAAAGAAGACAACGAUUUAUGUUUCAUAAAUGAGCAUCAAUAUUCGUUCACCAUGAAACCUUUUGAAAUUUUGACGUUGUGUUUUACAAUCUAGCCAAAAUAUACGAUACGAUUUUUUACCCCGUAUACGUAGCCAAUCAGAUUACUAAUAAAUAGCGAUGGCCAAUCAGAUCACUUAGAAAUACAGUACAUCGCUUGCAGCAUAUUAAAGCAAAACUUAAUGAAAAUCACACAAGCGAUAAAAAAAAUGUCCUAAAAAUCUCCGUCACAUUUUGCGCUCAGGCGCUUAGAUCUGGUUUCGAGAAAUCCACCUUUAAACAUGUUUUUUAACAUUCACACGAUGUCGUAUGAAAAUUAGCCAAUGUAAAAAAAAUGAAAAAAUAAUUUUGUGAGUUGUCUAAUUUUAUCACUUUUUUUUCAUUUAUUCUCUGUUAUAUUGCUGUAGUUUUAGCGAAUAUGUCCACAGAUUUAAAAUGGUAGCUACAAUUAUGGGAGAAUUCAGAAGUUUAUUUUUAUUUGAGGAGAUGAAAUGAAAGUUCUAUUUC